AGACAGUGGUGUGUCCAUUAACCGCUACAUUAACUGUUUAUGAACUGAAUGGUUUUCCUCCAUUGCGUCAGAUAUCGAUGAAGACAGCACAAAUCACCAAAACAUGGUCUCUCUUCAGAAGCCGGACUGAGUCUAUGUGCUUAUGAUGAUAUGGUGGUAGGAAGUCAUGAAGCAUUCAUUCAUGCUAAGCACAGGUGCCUGUCAAUUCAUUCCAAGGGAGUUGAGGAGUCUGAUGGCUUGUGGAAAGAAACUGUUGCAAAGUCUGGCUGUGAGGGCCCGAUGUGAUUGUGGUACCUUCUUCCGGAUGGCAGAAGAGAGAACAGUUCAUGUGAGGGGUGUGUGGGGUCGUCUGCAUUGCUGGCAGCUUUUCGGAUGCAGCAUGUGGUGUAAAUAUCCGUGAUGGAGGGAAGAUAGACCCCGAUGAUCUUUUCAACUGUCCUCACUAUUCACUGGAGGGAACAUGGGAGGAGAGCCGCGGUCCUCUAGCGUCUCGCUCAAACUCCAGCCAAGAGAGAAAGACGGAACACGGCCGGGUAAACGCGCUUCUCCGCGGCCGUAGCCCGCCGAGCCUACAGCGGACUUUUCCCUCCGCCACCGCGGACAACUGCGAACUUUCUCUGGAUAGCGACUGCGUACGCGAGAGAGGCGUCAUCAGCGCGAGCUGCAUGAGAGUGGACUUCCCUCGGCUGGCUCACAUUGCCGCUGGCCAGGUCACACUGGUACACUGCUGCACGGGCUGGAUAAAGGGCAGCGUGCGGGGGCUCCGGCGGCGGGGACGCUUUCUCAGGACGCCCUCAUGGCGAGUGCUGCUCGACAGAAGUGAAAAGCGCCGGAACUGAGCGAGGAGCUGAGCUGAAGUUUGUGUUUUUAAUGUGAGCGAUGGAUGGCUGUGCGCGGGGACGGCGGCGGAGCGCUGUUUCAGCACAACAGGAUUUCUCUGGUCAGUGUCAUAACGGGCUUUUGACAGCUUUACUGGACAGGAGCCCCAGUCCGGGAGUGGCUAGCUGAACACUGGAUCACCUUUUGAAUUACCCUGACAAAAUUAAAGAUCACUCUGUCCAUAGCUACUACUACUACUGCUACAAUUAUUACUACUACUAUUACUACUACUACUACUAUUACUAUUACUACUACUACUACCAUUACUACAUGUUCUGCAACUGUUAAGCCUAUAUAUGAGACCUUGCAUUAUUUAGUAUGGGCGCCUGUUGUAAAAGACAGCGUGUUUGCUGACAUCGGGCACUGCUGUCCUGAGGCUGAGUUGCGGUGUCCCGCAUCCGACGCAUCAUGAGUCCAUGCGCAGCAUCUCUCUCUGCUGGGACAGACCUGCUGAGUGUAGCUCACAGAGAGGGGGCAAAGCAGCCCCUUAGAGCUCCACACACACUCCUCCCCUCCUGAAACACACACACACAGCCACGCCGUCACAUAUAUAUACACACACACUGUGAUACGCAAUUGAGGGGAUGGGCAACUCCUCUCGAAAAGAAGGCGAGGAAGAAGGAGGGGAGGAGAAAGAAAAAGAAAAGGAGGAGGAUGGCGAGAAGGAGGAAAAAGCGAUAAAAGAAAAAGAGGAGGAAGAGGAGGCUCCAGAUGAAGAGCUGCCGUUAGGUGUGGACGAACUUCUUGCAAGUGGAGAUCCAGUGCUGGACCUGAGCUACUACAAAUUCCGCCGCCUCCCCAAGCAAGUGCUGGGCCUGGCGCAUUUGGAGAAGCUAUACUUGUGUGGGAACCGCCUGCGAACACUGCCUGAUGGCAUCUCGCAGCUGCAGGGCCUGCGCAUCCUGGCGCUGGACUUCAACAAAAUGGAUGACGUCCCCCUGGCCGUGUGCCAGCUGGCCAACCUCACCCGCCUGUACCUUGGCAGCAAUCGGCUGAUGAGCCUGCCACCGGAUUUUAGGAACCUGCAGAGUCUGCGCUGUCUCUGGGUGGAGAGCAACUACUUCCAGCGCUUCCCCAAGCAGCUGUACGACCUGCCCCACCUACGCUCGCUGCAGAUGGGCGACAACAGGCUGCGGACCCUGCCCUCCGACCUGUGGCGCAUGGAGGCUCUGCGGGGGCUCUGGCUCUAUGGCAACCGCUUUGAGGAGUUCCCCCGGGUGCUCCUGAAGAUGGAUCAGCUGGAGAUCCUAGACUUAGAUCGCAACCGCAUCUCCGAAUUCCCCAGCCUGCUGCAACUUCCGGCGCUCCGACUCUUCUCAUAUGAUCACAACCCUGUGAAGGGGCCUCCACGGGUCGGGGAGGAGGUCAUCAUUGUUGGGGAAGGGGCGGAAGAAGCCCUGCAGGUCAGGGAAAGAAGAAAGGAAGCCAAGGAAAGAGCGCAAAGGGAAGCGGAGGAGGCGGCAGCAGCGGCGGCAGCCGCGCCGGUCAUCAUCGGGAUACUGAAGAAACUUAGGAUGAGUAGCAGCUCAUUGGCCGCUGCAAGUGACACAGCAGCCACGAAUGGGAUGGUGCCAUCAGCACCCCCAGCUGAGGAGGAGGUGGCAUUGCAGGGAAAAGAAGAAGAGGGGGAGUCUGAAAGGCCUACUGUGGCACUUGAUGAGGCGGAGCUUGAAUAUGAGGAGGAGGGGCUGGAGUAUGAGAGGGAGGAGCUUAUCUGUGAGGGCGAGGGGUAUGAGGGUUACGGAGGGGCGGAGUUAGAGUAUGAGAGAGCUGAGAUGGACUAUGAGUAUGAAGGGGAGGAGCCUGAACAAGAUGGAACAUGAUCUUUGACUUCUUCCCUUUAACCACUUCAGUGCUUAAUUUGGGUUGCACUAAUUUAAUUGCAAGGCAAUGCAGACAUUUUUCUCAAAUCUAACAGUUCUAACAGUGUUCUAAAAUGAUGAUGGUGUUUUUUUGUGAAAUACUUCUGUAGUGGGAUACAGAGUGAAAAUGACGUCCUGUAGGCUUCCACAGGACAUAGAACUUCAUCCUUUUUUUGGGAUCAAAGUGGUCUUGUACAGCGGAAAAGAUAGAAAUAAUUCAACAUCCCCUCGCCUCGUGGUGUAAAUUAUAAAUGAGUAUUUUAACGCAGUCUCCUAAAAUGUUUAGCACAAAUGUGUUAUUCGUCUAGGAUUCUGGCUGCACUAGCUUUAAAGUUCCUCCACAUGAAAGGGAAGAAAAUGAUGGCAUAUACAAACACAUCACCCCCCACAACAUUCAAUACAGUACAGAGCAGAUUACAUGCAUUCUGUUCUUUAUUAGAUAGAAGUAAUAGCCCAACAAUUGGAGAAUAAUGCAUCACUGCUUCAGUGGUACAUUAGAUUGUUAUAAUAUAAAAAACAUAAUAUAGUUUCUGAAAGCAGUUUUACAUCCCAGUUCUAUAUCUAAUUCAGUCUCCUUCAUUUGGAUUUUCUAGCAAAGAUCAUUAGAACCUUAGUGGAGGCCCAUGGAAGUCUACAGUGGGGUCCAAAAGUCUGAGACCACAUUGAAAAUGUGGGGAUUUUUUCAGUUAAACCUGGGAAUAAAUAACAAAGUUUUAGGAUAUUGAGAAAUUGAAAAUUAUUGAAAUAUUAUAUAAUACAAUAUUAUAUAAGUAAAAUAAGUAUAAGACAAGAUUUUCAAAAUUCUGCACUAUUUCUAGAUUGGUGACAGUGACCAUGUUGAGGCCUUUGUACAAAAAGGUCAGAAUUUUAUAAAUCCUAUCUCUUCCAUUGAAGAGACGACUUUGAGACGACUCUCAGUUGGAUUUGAUCUACUUAUCAGAGCCUUUUGCAGAAACUUGUGAAGUCCAUGCCAGUUUGAGUGCACGCUGUAAUUAAAGCAAACAGGUGGCACGGAAAAACUAAUAUUCUGAAAGUCAUGUUACAGUUUCAAAGAUUAUAUAUUUACCAUUCAAAUAGUUAUGCUGAUAAUUGUAAUGAAAAAAUGUAUUAAAUGAGAAAAGAGUUCAAAAUACGAGCACUUUCACCAGCGGUCUCAAACUUUUGGACCCCACUGUACUUGCUGACAAGUAAAGGUGACUAAAAGCGUUCUUUGUGCGAUGCCAUAGGAGAAACACUUUUGGAAAUGAGAUGAGUGAAGAGUGUGAAGAACAUUUUUAAAGUUUAAAGAACCUCCACAGAAGGUAAAGGUUCUUGGAAAGACCCUUAAAUUGGUAAAGAACCUUUAUUUUAUGUGAGGGUUCUUUCAGCCUUUCACAGGUUCUUCACACUCACAAAUCUCUUUGUCCGACGUUUUUUUUAAUGUUUGUUUUUUGUUCCCCGAAUGGUCUUUAGGGACCCUCAGACAGUCUAUAUUUUUGUUCCUACCCAACCCAGCACAGGGAUAGAGCAAAAACAUGGAUUGUUUGGGGGUCACUGGACACCAGUUUGAGAACCACUGCUUUAAGGAACCAAAAGUGCUUCUUAUAUGGCAUCGCUCAAAGAAUUCUUUGUGGCACAUUUUUAAAAAGAAUGUAUAGGAGAACAUUUUUAAACCAAAUCUUACUUUUGCGGCACACAUUUCACCACAUCAUUGUAAAACACUAUGAGAAAUGAAAAAAAUAGAUUGAGAAAAAUGUUGACAUUUUCCAAAAGGUAAAGGCAAAAGGAAAAGGGGAGGGGAUUUUAUUAAAAAAAGACACUUAAAGUAUAUUAUAAGGGGUGACAUGUUUGCUCUAUCAAGGCUGCUGUGAAUUUUUAUAUAACCGUGUCUCCAGUAGUGAGACAAACCCAGUACAGGACUCUCAACAGGUUUAGCACUUAAUUUAUUCUCUUCAAAAACCCUGUGAAAACCAAUGGAAACUGCACAUCUGUUAUGGGCUGCAGCUUUAUACAUUACGAGUAAGACCAACUCAUUUUUUUCAGUGUAUGUGAGUGUGAAUGCAUGUGUGAGAGAGAGAGAGAGAGAGAGAGAGAGAGAUAGUGUAAUCGUACUCUACCCUGGGUGUACUGUAUCUGGAAUAGGAUACUGCGAUUGCUGUGAUGUGUGUUGGUGAAACGAAAUCUUCUCUCAUUAAAUAAUCAUAGAGUUUGCGAAA